ACAAAAGCAGCUGCUCUAAAUAAGCCCAACGCUACUGGAUGAACGCCAGGCUGCUGUCCAAAGUGUCCAGACGCGCUGAGGUUGGCUGGAGCUGUCCGCGGUGCUGAACCUCCACCGCGCAAUCCGCUUAUAACAGCCCGUGAGUCGAGCUCUCUCUGCGUUACUGCCGGAGUUCUGCGCGAUUCACCGGGAAAAACGCGAAUAGCUCAUAUGCUUACAAGACCUUACGGACGUUUUAUUUGACGUUCGAGUGAUUCUCACUGCAUUGUUUAACACAAGGACAAAUUGUAGUGUUUUCCGAGGAGUCUUUUCAGUAUGUGCGUACGGAUCGAGCUCCAAAAGAACUGGCUCUUUCUGCUGCUCAUUCUGACUCUUUCAGUGAUUUACACGCAUUGUCAAGAGGAUGGAACUGUACAAACUCGGAGAGGAGAAGAGUCAGAAUCAGAGAGCGAGUUUGACCCUUUCACCAGCAAACAGGAGCCACCAACUGACGUCCAGCAGCUCACAACAGAUGCGGUACCAAUCCUCCCCAACCUAAGACUGCUCAAAGUCCACUCAGCUCUGCUAACCAAGAGCUUUGAGGGAGAUCAGCAGUUUUUUAAAGAGGCAACGUACACCAUGUCAACAGUCUCUACCUCUACAUCUAACACUGAACAUUCACUUCUGGUGCCUCGGGAGGAUGCAAAAUUCUUCACUGACCUUGCGACCACAUUGACCAUGACUGCGGCAACAUCUGUGGAACAAAGAAGGCCCAGCAAAAGCCGUAGUAGAACAUCAGAGAAGAUGGCAGUCACCUCUCAGCCUCUCACAAACCCCACCAUUCCAAUAAGCACUCCCACAAGCACAGGUCAAAAGACAGCUCUCAACACAACAACAAAGAAAUCUUUUGACAAGGAAAGCACUUUGCCACCACUGUCUCUGUCAACUUCACCUAAGAAAGAACCACGGAGACCGGAGGGGAAAACCACACCAGGAUAUUCCUCUGAGACAUCUCCAGCUCACUGCGAUAUGAACUUCACAGACGCCGAGGGUUAUAUUGAGCUCCCCCCGGAUGUCUCAUUUGAUUCCCACAUUCAUUGCACCUGCCUGGUUACUGUAUAUCUGGGUUAUGGUGUUGAGAUUCAGGUGCUGAACGCAAGUUUGGAUGACGGGAUGGAGGUGGUUCUGGAGGAUCUAGGUGGAUCUGUGGCCUCAAUACUUGCCAACAACUCAGUGUUAUCCAGGGGUCUGGUGCUGCGGAGCUCAAGCAACCAGAUCUCAGUGCAGUUCAGCAGUGAAUGGCCCGCUCAGCCUGGCUUAUUACUUCUGCGGUAUAGAGCAUUUGCUCUGAGUUGUGCAUCCCUGCAGGCCCCUGAAAAUGGUGAAGUAUCAGUCACUGGUCUUCAGGUGGAGGGCGUGGCCUAUUUCUCCUGUCUGAUUGGCUAUCAGAUCCAGGGCCCCUCCUCUCUCACAUGCCGAAAUGCCACCACACCAUAUUGGAGUGGCAGAGAGCCCAGGUGUCAAGUUGCUUGUGGGGGGAUGAUGAGAAAUGCCACUCAGGGUCGUAUCGUCUCUCCGGGGUUUCCAGGAAAUUACAGCAACAAUCUGACAUGUCACUGGGUACUGGAGGCCCCUGAGGGCCAUCAGCUCCAUGUUCACUUUGAGAAAGUGGCACUGGCUGAGGAUGAUGACAGGCUCCUCAUAAAGGAUGGGAGUAACAUUGACUCUCUGCCCCUGUAUGACUCAUAUGCAGUCGAGUAUCUGCCCACUGAGGGGGUCACCAGCACCGGCAGGCAUCUGUUUGUGGAAUUCACCAGUGAUGAGACAGGCACAUGCACUGGUGCUGCCAUUCGAUAUGAAGCAUUUGCUGAGGGUAGCUGUUAUGAGCCCUUUGUGAAGUAUGGAAAUUUCUCCACAAGUGAUCCUGCGUUUGGAGUUGGUUCUGUGGUGGAGUUCACCUGUGAGCCUGGUUAUACACUGGAGCAGGGCGCUGUUAUUUUAGAGUGCAUAAAUGAUGAAAAUCCACAAUGGAAUGAGACGGAACCAGCCUGCCGAGCGGUGUGCAGUGGAGAAAUAACAGAUUCAGCAGGUGUGGUGCUUUCUCCAAACUGGCCUGAAGAAUAUGACAAAGGCCAGGAUUGUAUCUGGGGUCUACAUGUGGAGGAGGACAAGAGAUUUAUGCUGGAUGUCCAGGUUCUUCGUUUGGGGAAGAAUGACCUGCUGACCUUUUAUGAUGGUGAUGACCUCACAGCUAACAUCCUGGGCCAGUACAGCGGUUUCCUUCCUCGAUUUAGACUCUACACCUCUACAGCUGAUGUGACCAUCCAGUUUCAAUCUGAUCCAGCCUCUAACGUCUACGGAUACAACAAUGGCUUUGUAGUGCAUUUUUUUGAAGUGCCACGUAACGACACCUGUGCAGAGCUGCCAGAAAUCCUUAAUGGCUGGAAGAGCACGUCUCAUCCCGACCUGACCCAUGGCACUGUUAUUACCUACCAGUGUUACCCAGGCUUCCGUCUGCAGGGUUCAGAGAUCCUGAUGUGCCAGUGGGAUCUGACUUGGAGUGGAGACGUCCCCAUCUGUGAGAAAAUUAUGUCAUGUGAGGAUCCAGGACUAGUGGACAACAGCAGGAGACUGGUGACCGGCUCUCGUUUCUCUGUGGGAUCGUCCGUGGAGUACAUUUGCAACAAAGGAUACUCACUUUCUGGCCCAGGAGUGCUCACUUGCUACAGCAGAGAUACUGCAGCCCCAAAGUGGAGUGAAAGACUGCCCAAAUGUGUCCCUGAAAGAUAUGAACCCUGCAGUAACCCUGGCGCCCCCUCCACGGCCAUCCAAAGUUCAGAGAAAGCGUUCUUCCAGGCAGGAGAGACUCUGAGCUUCACCUGCCGUGCAGGUUAUGUGCUUCAGGGUGAACCCACUAUCCACUGCCUCCCUGGACAUCCCUCUCAAUGGAGCGGAGCGCCCCCUAUGUGCAGAGCUUCCACAAGAAGCAAUGAGGAACACAGAUUGAACGCUGCUGAUUCAGAGUUUGAUGUAGAGGACGUCAACAUCGCUAUCGCAGUUCUGAUUCCUGUAGCGGCGGUGCUGAUGCUCCUCUUGGUCAUUUUCCUCUGCAUCUCAAUAGCUCAAAGCAAGACUUUUCAGCUCCCUGGGGCGUCAUCGCCACCGUAUGACAACAUGACAGAAGAAUCUGCAUUUGACAACCCUGUUUAUGAGACGGGAGUAAGUAUGGACGCCAUGAACCUCAGAGACGUGGGCUCUCACAACACCAUCGUCCUGUCCUGAUCAACCCUGCCUGCCAUUCUGUCAUUCCACCUGUCAUCUAUGACUCUGAACUGGUCUGCAGAACAAAUAGUGCAAAUAAAUAGAGUGAAAUGGCUAAACAGCAAACAGAGGAAUAUGCUUUUAUUUUAAAUAAUGUAGCAGUAUUAGUAACACGUAAUGGCGCUACUAAAAAAUUGAGGACCAGAUAUAUCAUAAAAUUUCAUAAUUUAAUGAGCUUAAUGUUACAUCAACAAACUCUUAAGAAAUUCAUUUGAAUGUUUUUAACAAUAUUUCAAAAUAAACAAAUUUUCAAACAAGGGUUAGAAAGAAUAUGUCAGGUUGCAGUGGAGAAGGAAAGAUGCUGGUCCCUUAUGAAAACAUUCAUUUUAGAUGUAAAAACCCAUUUAGGCUCGAGGCUGUGGGUCACUGAUAUCUAGAACUCAGCAGAUGGUGUGUGUAUGUGUGUGUGUCUCAAUUUGCCCUCAUCAUGUUCUCAUAUUGGAUGUUCUUACUAAUAAUUGAGUACCUCAUAUUGACCAAAAAUGCAUCUCCUUAUCAAGUAUGUCAUUCACCGUUAUCUACUGAAUGUGAAAGGUUCUGUCUAAAUUCCAUUAAAUGAUCACAAAUGUUAAUGUUUAUUUAUAUUGCCUUUAUUUGAUUGGAUUUUUUCAUGACUCUCGCAGGACUCAUUAUUGUGUUUCAAGUCGUUUAUUCAUGUCAUUCAUAAUUUAUGUUUCAUGUUUUCAUAAAUUUCCUCUCUUGAUUCAAAUGACAAUAAAAGCUUUUGAAUUUGCUUGCACAUUAUACAUUCAUAAACUUAAAUACCUUUCUAAAAUGUUGAUUUAUUUUUUAUUUGAACGAAGGUGAUACUUCUAUUCAGAAUGGAUGCAUUCAAUUGAUCAAAAUUGACAGAAAAGUCAUUUGCAAAAUGUUACAAAAAUGCAUAAC